CGAAACCAACGAGGUUACACCGCCUGCAUCUAGAGCAGCCCGACCAGGAGCGUACCCGAGGGGCGCGCGCGAACGUGAGAGGAAAGCCGUGCGCGGGUGUGUUUUCCCGCCCCUGAACCGUUCUAGACGCUGCCUCCCAAAGAUAGACGAUGUCACAGUCAUCUGGAUCAGGGGAUGGGAGUGAUGAUGAGGCCAUCUCAGAAGACAAUGGUUUUUCUUCCCCUAAUCCCUCAGCUGCUGCUGCUGCUCAGGAGGUCAGAUCUGCCACUGAUGGUAAUACCAGCACCACUCCGCCCACCUCUGCCAAGAAGAGAAAGUUAAACAGCAGCAGCAGCAGCAACAGUAACAGUAGUAACGAGAGAGAAGACUUUGAUUCCACCUCUUCUUCCUCUUCCACUCCUCCUUUACAACCCAGGGAUUCGGCAUCCCCUUCAACCUCGUCUUUCUCCUGCCUAGGGGUUUCAGUGGCUGCUUCCAGCCACGUACCGAUACAGAAGAAGCUGCGUUUUGAAGACACCCUGGAGUUUGUAGGGUUUGAUGCGAAGAUGGCUGAGGAAUCUUCCUCUUCCUCCUCCUCAUCUUCACCAACUGCUGCAACAUCUCAGCAGCAGCAACUUAAAAAUAAGAGUAUAUUAAUCUCUUCUGUGGCUUCGGUGCAUCACGCAAACGGCUUGGCCAAAUCUUCUACCACCGUCUCUAGCUUUGCUAACAGCAAGCCUGGCUCUGCUAAGAAGUUAGUGAUCAAGAACUUUAAAGAUAAGCCUAAAUUACCAGAAAACUACACAGAUGAAACAUGGCAGAAACUGAAAGAAGCAGUGGAAGCUAUCCAGAAUAGUACUUCGAUUAAGUACAAUUUAGAAGAACUCUAUCAGGCUGUAGAAAAUCUCUGUUCUUACAAGAUUUCUGCAAACUUGUACAAACAGCUGAGACAGAUUUGUGAAGAUCACAUCAAAGCACAAAUUCAUCAGUUCAGAGAGGAUUCGUUGGAUAGUGUUCUUUUUCUAAAGAAGAUCGAUAGAUGCUGGCAGAAUCACUGUAGACAAAUGAUCAUGAUUAGGAGCAUUUUUUUGUUUCUGGAUAGAACUUAUGUUCUUCAGAAUUCAAUGCUACCCUCCAUUUGGGACAUGGGACUGGAGUUAUUUAGGGCUCAUAUUAUAAGUGAUCAGAAAGUCCAGAAUAAGACAAUUGAUGGCAUUCUUCUCUUGAUUGAGAGGGAAAGGAAUGGUGAAGCAAUUGAUAGAAGUUUACUCCGAAGCCUUUUAAGCAUGCUUUCUGAUUUGCAAAUUUAUCAGGAUUCUUUUGAACAACGAUUUUUGGAAGAAACUAACCGGCUUUACGCAGCCGAAGGCCAAAAAUUAAUGCAGGAAAGAGAGGUUCCUGAAUAUCUUCAUCAUGUUAACAAACGUCUAGAAGAAGAAACAGACAGACUUAUUACUUACUUAGAUCAGACCACCCAGAAGUCAUUAAUUGCUACUGUAGAGAAACAACUUCUAGGUGAACACUUAACAGCAAUUCUUCAGAAAGGUUUAAAUAACCUUCUUGAUGAAAACCGAAUUCAAGAUUUAUCUCUCCUGUAUCAGCUUUUCAGUAGAGUUCGAGGUGGAGUUCAGGUUCUCUUGCAACAGUGGAUUGAAUACAUUAAGGCAUUUGGCAGCACUAUUGUAAUUAAUCCUGAAAAAGAUAAAACCAUGGUUCAAGAAUUGCUGGAUUUUAAAGAUAAGGUUGACCAUAUAAUUGAUGUCUGUUUUCUGAAGAAUGAAAAAUUUAUCAAUGCCAUGAAAGAAGCAUUUGAAACAUUCAUUAACAAAAGACCAAACAAACCUGCGGAACUUAUAGCUAAGUAUGUAGAUUCAAAGCUUCGUGCUGGCAACAAAGAAGCUACAGAUGAGGAACUUGAAAAGAUGUUGGAUAAAAUUAUGAUCAUAUUUAGAUUUAUCUAUGGCAAGGAUGUUUUUGAGGCCUUCUAUAAGAAAGAUUUAGCUAAGCGCCUGUUAGUUGGGAAGAGUGCAUCUGUAGAUGCUGAAAAAUCAAUGCUGUCCAAACUUAAACAUGAAUGUGGAGCUGCUUUCACCAGCAAACUUGAAGGAAUGUUUAAAGACAUGGAACUUUCUAAAGACAUCAUGAUUCAGUUCAAACAGGUAAAAGUCACCCCCUGCAAACAGGCAGUGGAGCAAGUGAAAAACCGGAGACUUGGGCUGGCUGGUGGGUAUAUGCAGAACCAGAAUGUACCUGGAAAUAUUGAAUUGACUGUGAAUAUUCUGACAAUGGGUUAUUGGCCAACAUAUGUACCUAUGGAAGUCCAUUUACCACCAGAGAUGGUAAAACUUCAGGAGAUUUUCAAGACAUUUUACCUAGGCAAACAUAGUGGCAGGAAACUUCAGUGGCAGUCAACCCUAGGACACUGUGUGCUAAAGGCAGAAUUUAAAGAGGGUAAAAAAGAACUCCAGGUGUCUCUUUUUCAAACACUGGUGCUGCUAAUGUUUAAUGAGGGAGAAGAGUUCAGUUUAGAAGAGAUCAAGCAGGCUACCGGAAUAGAGGAUGGCGAAUUAAGGAGAACACUGCAGUCUUUGGCCUGUGGCAAAGCUAGAGUUCUGGCAAAAAAUCCAAAGGGCAAAGAUAUCGAAGAUGGUGACAAGUUCAUUUGUAAUGAUGAUUUCAAACACAAACUUUUCAGGAUAAAGAUCAAUCAAAUCCAGAUGAAAGAAACGGUUGAGGAACAAGCAAGCACUACAGAAAGAGUAUUUCAAGACAGACAGUAUCAAAUUGAUGCUGCAAUUGUUCGAAUUAUGAAGAUGAGAAAGACACUUAGCCACAAUCUCCUUGUUUCUGAAGUGUACAACCAGUUGAAAUUUCCAGUAAAGCCUGCUGAUCUUAAGAAGAGAAUAGAAUCCUUAAUUGACCGGGACUACAUGGAAAGAGAUAAAGAAAACCCAAACCAGUACAACUAUAUUGCAUAAAAUUUUGGCCUUGGAGCAUUUGGUGUCUCAUGUUGUAGCCAGUGGAUAAACUAACCUGUUGAUCUUAUAUUAUUUGACUUUUUUUAUACUACCAAUGACCAAAUGAAGCAGUGUAAUGGAAAUAGUUGAGUUGACUUUUUCGGUGGUUAACAUGCCCAUUAAAAGAGUAAUACUUACCUUUAAGAAGUACGUUGUUGAACUCUUUGCAUGUUAUUUAGUAUGAUGUGCAGAAAACUCUUAAGAAAGUACCUGGUCUUCUUGAUUCCUCUUUGGAACUGGGCAAGAGGUCCCUAUGGCUAUUAAAAAGAGGGGGAGGGGUUCUUAUACACCAUUAAUAAUGAAGCAAAAGUUUAUUUGCUUAAAAUGUCAUUUAAAGAUACUUAAACUGCAUGCAAACUUUAUUUACUGUACAGAGUUCUGGAUGUAUUUAUCAAAUAGGAAAACCACCCUGGACUUGGUUGUUUACCUGUUUUGUGAUUUCUCUUGAAAAGAAAAAUAAGUUGUCAUAGUUACUGAUAUUUUACUAAGUAAUGUUCUGUUACACCGAAAGGGAUGUUUUGAAAAAAUUUAUUUGGAAACAAGUUUUCAAGUAGAGGGACAGUUGCUUAUGUAAUCUCUUGUAUAUACCCAUCCUCAAUUGUUCCAUUUAUGGCUAUGGGAUGUGUGUAUAUGGUUUAACCCUGAGUUUACUGUGCUAACUAACAGGUACUUAUAAAAAUAGCUGAAAUAGAAAAUUGCUCAUAAUUUGUACUAGAAAAACACAGUAGGAGAGAAAAAUCCAACUCUUUCUUCAUAUUAAAAAUGAAUACAAUAUGAACAUCACAAAAGAGACCAAAACCCACAUAUUUUGUAAAUUUUUACACAAGUAAACAUUCACCAACUGGUUUUCAACUUCCUUUAGACUUUAAUGUUGUUUGGACAGUUUUGUCUUUAACUUGGACCAAUUGUAGAUUAUUACAGGCUUUUUAGGAUUUAGCAUAGCUAUUUUCCCCACUAAAGUUUUUUUGGAAGCAUCCCAACUCUUUGUAGGUAAAUAAACCUUUCCUGUCAUCCUUAUUCUAACUUCCUGAAGCCCUAGGUGUGAAAGUCCUCCCUCAUUUUCUCCACACAUCCCCUAGUUAGGAAUUUCAAAUUCUGUAUUGUGCUGAUCUUAUUCCUUUCAAAAUUUCUUGAAGAUAAAGAGUUCUCAUAGCCACUGGACACCUACUUUUCGGGGAAAUGUCCUAGGAUUGUUCAAACAUAGAAAAUAGCAAAUGUGUUCCUCAAAUUGUUAAUGUGAGUAAAAGGCUUCUCUUUACCAUCAGUGUUUUUUUCUUUGUUUCUGUGGGUUUUUGUUUUUUGGAAUUUUUUUCCCUCCUUGUUUGGAGGAGAAGCGGAAAAUUUUGUUUUGUUUUUUAAAAAUCAGAACUGCUUUAAUGUUUUUUGCAGCAAUAUAUUUCCUUGACUGUUUGGAGGCCAUUAGGAAGAAUACCUAUGUGCUAGCUGUCAACUGAGGAGAGUUGGCUCUUCUGUCUGCUAUUGAUUGUUUCCUUGAGUUCUUAGAGACCUGUGAACAGCUAUUUAAACAAAGUUGCCUAUUUCUCUACAAUUGCAUCAAUGUACACACUGUUGUCUAACAAUAUGUGGUAUUUCAAAUGCCUUUCUAAUUUCUUUUUGAGCAGCCAUCACCUAUAUUUUCUCUGCUCCUCUGGUGUUUCCUUACAUGAGCUCAUUCAACAAGGAAAUGCAACUAUGGUAUUUGCCCUUUCUCCAUACUGGGCCAUCUACGUUAGUGUUCUAACAUCCCUGAUGGUUUCUGAGAUAUGUAGACUGUUCCACAGUAUAACUUGGUAGUUACUCUUAAGGAAUUUUUAGGUAGAAUUGGUCCUGUUAGGAGGAGACUCUUGGUGUCACCUUCGUUAUCUUGAAAGCUGGUCCCUUCCCUGAGGCUCUUAAUUUUUUGAAAACUUCGUGCUGUUUCAGCUGAAAAAUUGGCAAGACUAUUAAAAAAACAAGUUGAGGGGAGCUGUUUAAAAAAUUGAAAAGUAAUUGCAAACAACAUUGGAUGAUUGUGACUUUUCAGUUCUCUAUCAGUUUAAUUUUUGUGCUCUUUUUCCCUGUGUAUGUGGUGGUUCUAUUUUUCUCCAAUAAAAAUUUAUUUAGAAGUUUCUAGAAAAGACCUUUAAAAUUCAACUAUUGUAAGACAGUUAUUAAAACCACAGACCUUAAAAUCUCUAAUAAUUUCUUUUAUUGGAUUCACAUUUGUCGAUUUUGUUAUUUUUAAAAUUUCUCUCUUUGUGAUGGUUCAGUGAUAAUGCUAUAAGAAUGUGGAAGAGGGAGGAGGGUAUGGUAAAGGGUGAGUAAAAUUCCCAGGAAACCUUAAGGUGGUUAUUUAUUCUUAAAUGUCAUUUUAAAAGGAUCAAGUAUAAGUAUAACACUGUUUCAUUCAAAUCCUCAAAGUCAAAUAGUUGCAUAAGGUCAAUAUGAAACUAGCCUAGAUUUACGUUGAGGGAAAAAUAAAAGAUUAAAUACUUUUGUUUUUGUGGCUCUUGAUCUGCCUCUUCUGUUAUGAGUUCUGGACUAUAUACUCUGACAGUAAGAUGCUCUUUGAGAACUUUAUCAAACUGGAAAUCAAGAAGCCUUUUUGAACCCAGUUAUUGAGUCUGCUGAAUGGCCUUAACAUGAUAUCUACCCAUAGUCUUGAAAUUCUUAUCUUGUACAUGUGUGUAGAGUUCAGGAAAUCAGUUUAUUCUACUUAGGUGUCUGUGUUUCAGAAUUUUCAGAAGUUUGUUUAAUCUUAGCAUCCAUGUCUUUUUUUUUUUACAGUAGCUUUUUUUUGUUUCAAAGACCAUUCUGUUUAAUGCUCUGAAUGUCCAGAGUGUUAUAAAAAUGUUCUGUUCUCUUAUCUACAUAAAAUUGCCAAAACAAAUUGUUCAUUAAAAGAAAUAAGCAUUACUAAUGGGAAUUUGUAUACUUAUGCUUUAUAUAGUAUCCAUGCUAAUGCUUCAUUAAUCAAUGUUUUUCAGUUUCCUACAAAAAAAUUUGCUUUGCAUUUGAAUAAUGAAGAGAUUUGUUCACCUGGGAACACUUGGUUCAAAUUUAACACUUUGUUCAAUUAUUUUCCUUUUUUCCUUGCUAUUAAAAAAAGGGUAUUUCUUUUUUUGAACAGACACAAUAUAAUUUUAUAUUUAGCAAUCUUUACAAUUUAUGUCCAGCAUGCUAAAAAAUUAAAUUUAACCUUUCUUUUAUGGAACUCUUUUUGAUGUAGAAUAUAAGAAUGUACUGCAGAGACACAUUAGAACAUAAUAGUUUUGCAAACUAUAAAAACAGUUCCUCCUCAUAUCCUCUAAUUCUUAUAAUAAAAUCUUUUAAAACCUUUUCUUUAAUAAAAACCUUUUAUUGUAAAAUACACAUAAUGUAAAAGUUACCAUUUUAAAGUAUACAAUAAAAUGACAUUUAGUACAUUCACCAUUUUCAUCAUCCCAAAAGGAAUCCUGUACUUAUUAAGAAGUAACUCCUCUACCCAACUUCUGGAAAACACUAUUCUGCUUUCUAUCUCUAUGGAUUUGCCUAGUGUGGCUAUUUCAUAUCAAUGGAAUCAUAUUAUGUGACCUUUUGUGUCUGGUUUCUUUUGCCUAGCAUGAUGUUUUCAAGUUUCCUCCAGGAUGUAGCAUUUCCAUUUCAUUUUAUGGCUGAAUAAUAGUAUGUAUAUAUGCCACAUUUUGUUCAUUCUUCUGUUGAUGGACAUUUGGGUGGUUUCCUUUUGGCAAGUGAAUAGUGAUGGUACGGACAUUUGUGUACAAAUACCUGUUCAAGUCCCUGUUUUGAUUCAAGUUUUUGGGGUGUAUACUUAGGAGUGGAAUUGCUGGGUUAUUAUGGUAUUACUAUGCUUCACUUAUCAAGGAACCACCAAAUGUCUCUAUAGUAGCUGUACCAUUUUCCAUUCCCACCAGCAAGGUACAAGGGUUCCAAUUUUUCCACACCUUCAUGAAUACUUGUUAUUUUCUGUUUUUCGUAUUAUAGCUAUCCUAGUGGGUGUGAAGUG